AUGGAACAAGAGAUCGAGUUGGAGAAUUCAAUUUCUAAUGUUGGAAUGGCGAGAUUUACAUUGGUUUCAAGAAGUGAACAUUUUUCAGGCAGUUGUAUUUUUGCAACUAAAGUUAAGUUCUGUGACAGCGGAAAAUGUCAUGAUAUACUGAUUAAGUGCACAGGAGAUGACAUAUUCAAGAAUUCAGCUUUGUAUGUUACAAUUGAUAAGAAAAAUGUUAUACAGGUUAAGAGAUUACAAUGGAAUUUUCGCGGAAAUCAAACGAUUUUUUUGGAUGGAUUGUUGAUAGAUAUGAUGUGGGAUGCUCAUGAUUGGUUGUUUAAUUCAAAAUCUGGAUUUGCUAUGUUUAUGUUUAGAACAAGGAGUGGUUUGGAUAGUAGAUUGUGGUUAGAAGAGAAGAAUUUGCAGCAAAAAGAACAAGAAAAAGUUGGAUUUUCUUUGUUGAUUUGUGCUAGUAAGAAUCCUGAUUAA